AUGUCUCGCGUAGCUCAAGGAGAAGUCAUCCAAGAUUUCCUCGACGGUGGUAACUACAUCCGAGAUAGAUUAUUCAAAUUUCUAGAUUCCACCAAGGAGAGAUGGGAUACCAAGGAAGAAGGCCAGAAGGCUCAGAAGGCACUGGAAGCGUUGGAAGUCAGCAAAAGUGCGAAUGAUGUCAAGGCUGAGGAUGUCGACUACAUUUCCAAUCAGACAGGCAUCUCAAAGGAGGACGCUCGAGCGGCUCUGAUAGAGGAGAAGGCCGACUUGGUGAAGGCCCUGUUGAAGAGUGUGCAGCCUAGACCGAGGGCGAGGUCUGUGGACGGCGGUGCCAUCCCCAAAUAG